AUGGAAGCCGCUUGGAACCUUCACCAGGGAUGCCGGAUCUAUAAAUUCUCCUUGACUCAUGAUAGUACAAAUGGCUUAGUGGGGAUCAACCGUCAAGACUACAGUCUGCUCGCCCAUCUCUUUAUAGCCGGUCACCUCAUCGAAUGUUCCACAUAUGUGACGGGCGGCAACUUUUCCGGCUUCAAAUCUCUACCUGACCCUAGUAUUGAUUUUAGAUUUCCAGUCAAAGGAAAAGACGAGAUUGUAACGGAGGGAACUUACAAGGCACAGCUCCUGUACAAGAUUCAGGGUCCAAUAUACUACAAUCCUGAUGUCCCAAAAUCGGGUGGUCAUCAAGCAGAGGUUCAUUAUUUCCUUUGCGGCUUGGAUAUAGCGGGAAAAGCCAAGCUUCUCGAGAAUCAAAUACGGCAUCUUCUCGACGAAUCUAAAUACCAGACGCUGGUGUUCCGAACGACUGGAUCAUGUCCCUCCAACCCUUCGAGUCAAGACGCAGCUACAGUUGAUGUAUGUAUCUUCGCUCAAUCCCGCGACGAGGAGGCGCUCAGCGUAUCAAAUUUUCUUCGUCCAUGUAUAGAUACGAUUAUGCAAAGCUACCCCGGAGCAACCUUUGCAAAACCGUACUACGAGUAUUUCGUCUCCAUUUUCCCUCAGGAACGGAUUCGGCACAUUAGCCACAUCCCAUUCAGAGACACAAGCCUUUCUUAUGAGACAGCGGCUCCGUUUGACUUAGGUGUCCUUGCCCAUACCAUUCGCUGUCCCCUGGGAUAUGUGGUACAUGCUAGAUCUGGCGAUAAGGGAUCGGACACUAACGGGGGAUUCUUUGUUCGUCAUGCCGACAAAUGGAAUUGGCUGCGAAACUUGCUAAGCACGGAUGAAAUCAGAGAACUAUUAGGACAAGAUGACACCGACAAAAAAAUCUUCCGUUUCGAGUUGCCCAACAUUUGGGUUGUUUAUUUCUUGCUGAAGGACCAUCUAGACCGUGGUAUGUCAUCGAGUUCGUAUUACGAUGUUUUGGGCAAAAAUGUUGCCGAGUUCCUCAGAUGCAGAUACGUCGAUAUUCCCGAUAAAUUCCUCGCUCGUGGAAGGAUUUGA